UUUGUUGCUUCCGAGGCUUCAGCAUUCAUGAUGAACUUACUUCAGACUGUGCGUGACCACUGGGUACAUAUACUUGUCCCUGUGGGAUUUGUUGUUGGUUGUUAUCUAGACAGAAAGAAUGAUGAAAAGCUAAUUGCCUCGAACAAGAGUCUGUUAUAUAAAAGGGGAUUAAGACCCAGUGAAGAAGUCACCAGGAAGUAA